AGCGAAAAGAGCAUAAGUUGCAGUUUGCAGUUUUGUGUGAUGCAGUCCGUCCGUCAGCCACCAGCCGUACCCUCGUUGGGUGCAUUUGACUGUGGAUUUCGAAGGAAAUUAAACUGAAGUAUUUAAAUUGAUCACCUCAAAGACGUUGCCGUCCGUCCGAAAGAGAGAGAGAGAGAGAGAGAGAAACACCAGCGCAGAAGAAACGAAAAAAGAAGAAAACCGUUCAAGGAAAGCAACGAAGAAGAAAAAUCACAUCGAGUGAAUCUAUUAGCCAGCUCCAGUCAAGUGUGAAUAUAGCGAGUGAAUUUUAAUUUGAAGAAAUACAUAACUUUUAGAAAACUGGAUUUGAGCCGAUAAUUGCUCGGCGCGUUCAUAUAAUCUAGCGGCGGCUAUAUCGCUGGCCGAGAAACCCAGCCCAAGCUGCUGCUGCCAAGUGCUGUUAAACUAAACGGAGAACCUUUUCUACGGCUGUCGCAAGAUUAGAGCAGUAACGGCAAAGCUAUGAAAAAGAUCCGACGAUGGCUGCUGGCUUUUGCGGUGAUAAUAGCACUAAUGGUCAGGGUGGAUGGUUUAAAGGCGACCUCGUUGAUUUUCGGUCGCGCACCAGCCACCUCCAGCACGUCAUCUACGACCAGCACCACGACAGAGGCCACAUCCACCACCACCACCACCGAGAAAGCAUCAGCAGACGAGGAAGUGUCUGGCGAUCAAGGUGAAGAUGUGAGCACCAAACCGCCACUUACUGGCAUUCCACAGGUGGAUUACGUGUGGGAUCCCAAUCUGCCACGAGAACUGAAAGGGGCCAAUUUGUCCAGCUACCCCUUCUUGGACUCGGUCCCGACGGAGGAGGAAAUCGGAUUCGACUGCGAUCCCAAACUGCACGAUGGAUUCUACGCGUCCAUUAAGUAUAACUGCCAGCUGUACCACCACUGCAUCAACGGAAUGCGAUAUAACUUCCUGUGUCCGAACUACACGGCAUUCGAUCAGAAGACCUUCAUCUGCCAAUUUGCCUCCGAAGUUGACUGCAAAAAUUCACCCAAAUACUGGUUUAGAAAUGAACCUCUGUACAAAGCAACGACGACUACAACGCUGAAGCCACCACCCACAAUUCCGACAACGGCUGCGCCAACAACGGAAGCAUCUAGGCCGAAACCGUUGCGUAAACCGGUGCGUCGGCGACGUCCACAGGAUUACUACUACGAUGACGAAGAAUACGAGGACGAUUACUACGAGGAGCGCACACGCCGCAGGAAGAACCGCCCACGGAACAGGCGCCCGUACUACGAAGAUGACUACGACGAUGAUGACCGCUUGGAGCGACGACCUGCCGAUCGGUAUCGGGAACGGGAAAGAGACCGCGACGUAGAAGACGAAGACUACGAAGAUCGGCGAAUGUAUCGAACGAAGAACCGGAACCGGAACAAUGACAGAAGAAAUGGAGACGAUGACCGCCGGUAUGCUAUGUACGAUGACCGAAGGAGAGAUCGAGAUCGAAGACCCGUUGAUGAAGACAGACGCAAACCGGUUGUCGACGAAGAUCGUCGAUCGAUCAUUCAAGAAGAGGAAAAACGACCAUCGCAAAGCGAGCGCCGAAGAAGACCACCGGCAACUGACGAAAAAAAAGUCCCAGAACGUAGACCGGUUACCGACGAUGGACGGUCCUUUUCGGGAGACGAAGUUAAGAGGAGACCAUCGGACGAUAGAAGCGGAAGCAGAAGACCAUACAAUGACGAUAGACGAUUCGACUACGACGACGAGGACGAAGACUACAGUCCGCGAAGGCCGGGAAAAAAAUCGCGUCCACAAAGUGAUGCGGUGACGGUCAAACCAUCCGGAUCAACGAUCUACGAUAGACCACGAGCUGCUCCAAAGAUCAACCGGCCGGUUCCUUUGAACGAAAAAAACAAAUAUUCAUACGUCAAUCCAGAACCACCGAAGAAGAAGCCACCUACAACGCCAGCCCCAUUUAACGAACCUGAACCGGAGUACUAUGACGAGUAUGAAGAUGAACCGAAAAAACCCGAACCGGUAGUCGAUAAGCGGAAGACUACCGAUGUUGGUAAUCGAGGACGAAACGGAAACAACGAAGACAAAAGGCAGAGUGCCUCCUCCGAUGUUGUCUAUUAUGACGAUGUGAUUGUCCCCAAGGAAUCCCUUCCGCAGAAACAGAUUCCGGGAAACGUGAAAAAGCCGGAUGGUAUGGAGAGGGUCAACAGUCGAGAUAACUCCGAAUUGGCCAAUCGAUACAACGAGAAAAUCCGGCAACCUCAACGGUCAACCAAACCAGAUUACAGCGAUGUUUCCCAGAGAGUCUCCAGACCGGAAUACCUUGCCGACGAACCGGUAGAGCGACCAAAAUCCAGACAACCUAACACUCCAAAGCCACCCGCCAACAUCUACAACAACUUCAAAAUCAAGAAGCAGCCAGCGCCAGUAGAGAGUAGAAAACCUCUUGCACCGCAAAACAAUCGAGACUAUGAAAGCAACCCUGUGGAUGCACCGAGGCCUAUCACCCGUGCAACGAAGCGUCCAUUUCUUCCGAGCCGUGGGGGCAACCCCUACGCCGCCAGAGGACUUCAACCGGUUGGUGUAGCGAAGCAAGCCCAAACUCAACAGCGACUGCCACUGCCAAACAACGAAUCCGAACGACCUUCACCAUUCCGUAUUGACGUCGGCAGUUCUACGCUGGACACUCGCACCAGUACCUUACGACCCAGCGAUAACCGCGUAAAAACCCUGGAUCAGUUGUACGACGAAGAAUUCGAUGUCACGUUGAAUGACGCUCUGAAUCCCACCCUGAAACCGCUAACACGAAGUGCACCAUCGCAGUCCUUCUUCCGCAACCGUUACAUGCACCAGAGUUCCGACUCGGAAUUCGUCCCAUUCGAACCCAGCUACGCCCCAUCAGAGUUUCGGCGAGCGGCUGUACGACCUCCGUCCACCUUCGGCCACUACCAAGCACAUCAGCCAUCGGUGUACGUCAGCCAAGUACGGGGCCCUCCAGCCCAGCGAUACGAAUACGAGUACGAAUACUGAACCAAGCGCGGAUCGAUCGAUUAGGAACCAGAAGCCAGAGUGAAUUAACUUUUAAUUUAUUGAACAAACACGAGCCUUUUAUAGUGAAGUUAGAGGAGGAGGAGAAGGAGGAGGAGAGUAAGGAAAUUAUUUAUUACUCAAGCCACUUUGUGUGGCAGGGACGGGGUCCCACCUUGGGAGACCUCAGCGGAAUGUCUAGUAUGUCUUGAAAAGCGUUGAAUGCAAAUGCCAACACAAACACAAAGUGAUUCAAAUUUUCUCCCCAACCGGAACCGAUGGCAAACAAACACGGAACGGAGAGGGAAUGGGCCUAAAAUUAAUAUUUGAGACAAAAACGAAAACUCUUACCUGUACAUAUAUUUCUGCUCUAUUCUUAAAGAUAAAUACUCAAUAAAGGUGAUAUUGACGUAAUAUGCAACUUUGCGACAAAUUUCUAGCGAAGGAAGAAAACUACAUUACCCUACUACAAACGAAAGAAAACACUGCAAAAAAUACAUUGAAGAUACAAGAAAACACGAUUUAGACGUUAAGUGAAAACAAAAGAUGGGAGAGAUCAUUUAUACGGCGAGGAUGAUGCAAACCAGGACGUAUAUCUGUAUAUUGGACGAUAACACAUGAGAUACAAGAGAAAACUAUAGGAUCUAGAAAUGUAGAGCUAGCUUGAUAACAUGAUUAGGUAGAUUCGAGGAGAAGAAAAUGAAGAAGCCUUUGUGUACGGAAGGAGAUGAAAUAAAGAAAAUCUAAUUUUCCUAA